CCAGCGCCAGGUCGGCGUGACGAGUUUCCGGUUCCGGUGUGCUCGAGCGGCGGCGGCGGCGGCGGCGCCGGACUGAUCCCAAACACAAAAUGGGGAAACGGGACAAUCGGGUGGCUUUUGUUAAUCCAGUGGCUCUCGCAAGAGCUCGAGGCCCUGCACCUUCUUCGGGACCUUCUAUUCAGGAUUACUUGAGCAGACCAAGACCCACAUGGGAAGAAUUAAAGGAGCAACUUGAAAAGAAAAAGAAAGGUUCAAAAGCCCUUGCAGAUUUUGAAGAGAAAAUGAAUGAGAAAUGGAAACGAGAACUUGAGAAGAACAGGGUGAAGAUACUUGGUGGGACAGAAAGCUCUUCUAAAAAGAAAGAGAAAAAACGAAAAGAAAAGAAGAAAAGUAGGCCGUCUUCAUCUUCCUCCUCAUCAUCAGACUCUGAUUCUUCCAGCAGCUCCUCAGACACUGACAGUAAGAAUGAAAAGAAACAUCUGAAAAAGAAACGCAAACGAAAACACAAUAGCGUGAGAAAAUCCUCUGAUGAUUCUCGGACAGACUAUGAGAUGCUAUAUGUCAAGGAAACAACAAAGAAGAAAAAGCGAAAGUUCAAGGAUGAAACUGAAAAAGAAUACGAUAAAAAGAAGAAGAAACGUGAUCAUUCACAGAAAAGAACUUCCGAUGAACAAUCCGAUUCAGCUGAAGAGAAUGAGGCACAUUCAAGAAAAAAGAAGAGAAGCAGUGAAGAGAGGGAGAAAACUGCUGAGAAGUUCAAGAAGAAAAAGAAGCAUAAGAAACAUGGAAAAAAGAAAAAGAAAGCCUCCAGCUCAGAUUUAGAUUCAGCGUGAGACAAAGGAAGGGAUUAUUUUUUUAACUUCAUUGAAUUUUGCAAGCUGCAUGGCAAAGAGCUGAUGUGGAAGAGACUUGAACACUACCUAAUGCAUGACUUUCCAAACUUUGCUUGCAUUCAUACCAACGUUUGUAAUUUUUACAGGUUGCUCUUAUCUACAGUGAUGAACAAUAAAUAAGCCUCCAUGAUUUUUGAGGGCUUCAGGUUCACCAAUGUGAACAUUUUUGAUAAGUAAUGUAAUCCCUUGUUAACUUGUUUAAAUGUGUAAAGAUCCAACCAUAUUUGCCUGUAGUGUAUGAACGUGAAAUGAAAAAGUGAAGUUCUGCAUUUUCCUCCCUAAUUUAUUAGCAGUUCUAUAUUGCUGUUUUAUCAAUUAACUGCUUCUCAACCUGACUCAGACUUAUACUAGAAAGUUAUUUUUGUAUAAUUUUCUCACAAUCUUUUAUGUUCAACAGACCUAAGAUAUCAGUUUGUUUAAAGUUUUAAAAUGAUUUCAGAAUGGGGAAUGCCAUUCUUGAGAAAGUAAUAACUUCAGAGUUUUAUAAUUUUGUAAAAUAUUAAAUAAACCAAAAUAUUUGUCCUACCUGUCUGUUUUGUUUACCAAACUUUGAAAAAAUAAAGUGCAUACGUUUAAAAAAAA